AUGGGGACCGCGCGGGAGACUCGUGUUCGCUGGCUGUGGGCUGUCCUCGUCCCGGUCUGCCUGACACCAUCAAUAACAGGUGUUGUGGACGUCACUAUUGUCAGUAAGUACCAGUUCUUUGACGAGUCCGAUGACACCUGGCUGUACUGUUACUACACGGGCAGUCUCGUCAACCAGAACGAUUACCGGUUCGGUGUCGAGGUCGACACUGGCUCGGGAACAGCUUUUACACCACAGAGAGACUCCGGUGCUUUCUUUAGAGGCACGAGUUCGAGGAUCUUGGAUAAUGCUGGUGACUUCCGGGUCGGAGCAUUUUCCUGUCAAAUACGCGACGGAAAUCAAACAGAAAAGGCCAUCACCUUCAAAAUGAAAUCGCAGGCUGAUGUUUGGCCAGUGGCUUUCACAGUAACCGCCAGCCUAGGAGACCCCGUGACGCUACAGAUGGUACAGAAGUCCGGUAGAACCGGUACACUGGUGUGGAGGAAGGGCGGGGUCGGAGGGACUGUCCUGACUGGACAGAACGGACUCAGCCUGACCAUCACAAGUGUCCAGGAGUCAGAUGAGGGGAUCUAUGAGUGCUACUAUCAGGGGGAUACUGAUAGAAAACAGGGCAUCAUGAGGCUCAUUGUCAGAGAUUGUGCUGAGAACAGGUGGGGUCCUCCCUCCUGUACCGCUGACUGUCCAGUGUGCUACAACGGCGGUGUGUGUGAUGACAACACGGGGGAAUGUGUCUGUCCUCCGGGGUUCCACGGACAGAACUGUGAAAGUGCCUGUUCGUAUGGCAUGUUCGGAACUAGCUGCAAAAAAGCGUGUGCCAGUGGAGACUGUACGGGUCAGCUGCUGUGUGUGAUGGACCCGUACGGCUGCUCCUGUCCGCCUGGACUCAUGGGCAUAGAGUGUAAUACUGUGUGUCCAGGCGGCUUGUACGGAGCUGGCUGCACCCAAACCUGCCACUGUGCAGCCGGACCAGCUGCCUGUGACAAGAAGACUGGAUUCUGUACUGGGGGGUGUCUGGACUUCUGGACUGGGGACUCGUGUCAGAUCCCUACUGUCUCAUAUGUAGCUCUCUUCGUCAAGGAGGAAGGUCGCUAUUUCGGUGAUUCUCCUGACAACAUAACGGCAUACAGCGACAUAGACACAGAAGAGUGUGCUCGCCGCUGUCUGAAAGGUUACGGCAGCUACGAUGGCGUCAAUCCGACAUGUCUGUCCUUCAACCAUCGCCCUGCCGGAUCGCCAGAGGGCGGCAGUGCACGGUGUUGGCUCCGUAGUUCUGACAAGGACACGGCGGUAUCUCCUGGUCCUGAGUGGGACAGUUGGCCUUACCGAAAUUACUACCAGAGGAAACACAUUCUGGCGCCCCAAGAUUGCACUGACAUGUUUGCCCUUGGGAUUCAGUACAGUCAUGUUUACACCAUCGGCUACCCACAACCAUUCCAAGCCUACUGUGACAUGGACACUGAUGGCGGGGGGUGGACGGUCAUACAGCGGCGUCAGGACGGGUCUGUGCCGUUUGACAAGACUUGGACUGACUACGAGCAGGGAUUCGGUAAUACUAGUGGAGAAUACUGGCUGGGAUUAAAGAACGUCCACAGCCUGACAACACAGAAACAAAACGAGCUGUACGUGUACUUGGAAGACUGGGAAAUGAACAGCCGGUUUGCGCGGUACAGCACGUUUUCUGUGGGAAACACCAGCAGCAAGUACACGGCAACGAUCAGUGGGUACAGCGGGGAUGCAACUGAUAGUUUGGACUCGUCUGCUGAUGAUGGACGUCACAGCAUCAACAACAGACAAUUUUCUACAACAGACCAGGAUAACGACGGUGUCAGUAUUAACUGUGCGGGUCGAUUCGGACAAGGAGGCUGGUGGUACACUCCGAGUUGUGGUUACGCCUUGUUGAACGGACAGUAUCUGACCGGUUGCUCAGUACCUGCUCCACCAUCCUGCUCCACAACAAAAGGAAUCGUCUGGUACACUUGGAGAGGUUACCGAUAUUCCUUGAGGAAAACACUUAUGAUGAUUAGACACACCAAUUUUUCAGCGUCUCCAUUCAAGCAGUGCCAGAAUGGUGGAACCCUGACCCCAGGGCCUGAAGAUUCCGGACUUUACAUCUGCGCAUGUGCUGAUGGAUGGCAUGGUGUAUUCUGUAAUCAGGGUAAGUACUUUAUGAACUGUAAUGAAUGA